AUGGCGCCCGCGCAGCGCCCGCUGCUGCCGCUGCUGCUGCUGCUGCUGCCGCUGCCGCCGCCGCCGCCCUUCGCGCGCGCCGAGGACGCCGCCCGCGCCAACUCGGACCGCUACGCCGUCUACUGGAACCGCAGCAACCCCAGGUUCCACGCAGGCGCGGGGGACGACGGCGGGGGCUACACGGUGGAGGUGAGCAUCAACGACUACCUGGACAUCUACUGCCCGCACUACGGGGCGCCGCUGCCGCCGGCCGAGCGCAUGGAGCACUACGUGCUGUACAUGGUCAACGGCGAGGGCCACGCCUCCUGCGACCACCGCCAGCGCGGCUUCAAGCGCUGGGAGUGCAACCGUCCCGCCGCCCCCGGGGGCCCGCUCAAGUUCUCGGAGAAGUUCCAGCUCUUCACGCCCUUCUCCCUGGGCUUCGAGUUCCGGCCGGGCCACGAGUACUACUACAUCUCUGCCACGCCUCCCAAUGCUGUGGACCGGCCCUGCCUGCGACUGAAGGUGUAUGUGCGGCCAACCAAUGAGACCCUGUACGAGGCUCCCGAGCCGAUCUUCACCAGCAAUAAUUCGUGCAGCAGCCUGGGUGGCUGCUGCCUCUUCCUCAGCACCGUCCCUGUGCUCUGGACCCUCCUGGGCUCCUAGUCCCAGCCCUGCAGGACGCCGGCCCUGCUGGACAGCCCCGCCUGGACCGCCUGACCUCGGCCCUCCGGACUGGCCCUGUGGCCCCCACCUCCGAGACCAAAUAGAGACGCUGCUUCUCCCUCCACUGGUGCUGCCCCCGCCGGGCAGGGGCCGGCCACCCGCCCCAGGACCAGCCCUCAGGGAGGGGACGGCUGAGAGCCCCCCGAGGCCCGAGGGGCUGGGGUGUCGCUGCAGCCCCGGGCCAAGCCAUCUCUUCUGGGACGUCGGAGAACCCGGGAACCUCUUGGCGAUUUUUUUUUUUUUUUUUAGUGUGUUUUUCAUGGUUGGAUCAAAAACACUUGAGUUUUUAAUUUAAUUUAUUCCCUGGGGUUCAGGGGGGCGGGGUCCCGGUGCCCCAGCCUGGGGGAGGGGAACUCGGAACUUGGAACAUGGGGUGAGGGACGCAGCUCCUCCUGUCUGCUCUGCACCCCACUUAUGGGGCUCUGUCUGCAGCCCACCACGGAGCCCCCAGUUGCUCCAGGUUGGGUGAGUCUGAGCCGGAAGGGGUGCAUGGUGAGUGCCCCUGAUUGUGGUUGGGGGGACCUCACACCCCAUCGCCUGCCCCCAUCCUGCUGGUAAUUUCCUCCCCGCCACUGUUUUACCCCGACGCCCCUCGGAAUCACAGCCCCCCACGUCUUAGAAACUGCUUUCGCUGAGUCAAACACCCCCCUUCCCAUCCCCCCCACCUCACACGGUCCUCCCUGAGGCCGACAAGACCUUCUAUUCCUGUAAAUAGAGCCAACAAGUGCAUACUGUGAUCUUAUUUUUCAUGUAUUCCUGAGGAUGGACUGGACCGUUUAUGUUUUUUCCGCCCUUCAUAGGGGGUCUUUUAUUUUGGUGGGGGGGUGGGGUGGAACUUUUAGAGUAGAGGCUGCACUUUGCAAUAAGCUCGUUUCGUCUGUCAGAGCCCCUCCCUCGACUCUGUGACCUGAUGAUGUUUCUAAGAAAAAGAAAAAAAGGACAAAAGGGAGGAAACCACUACCAAAAAAAAAAAAAAUCAACCCCUCCCCGAAGACACUUUAAUGAAGGAAGCAACGCAUUUGUACGGAUUUCAUAUUUCUACCCGCCUUUCCUGACUCUGUGUUUUAUAUAUAUUAUAUAUAAAUAUAUAUUGUGUACGGCCGCCAGCCGGCGGCUCAGGCACGCCUGGUGGUGGGGGUGGGCGGAGGGCUUUUGUAGGGGUCGGCGGGGCGGGCCGCGUUGCCAGGCCUGGAGCUGGCGACCGGGCCUCCCCUCUUCCCGUCACAAUCAACUUUGGAUUCUGUAUUUUUUUAUAAUAAAAUGAGUGUAAACCUCAAA